GCGCCGCCCCCCCCACCGGCUUUCGCGGCGUCACGCUUGAACCCGUCCCCCUGCUGACGUCGUCGUCCCGUGGCUGCAAGGUUCCGGAUGGAAGAGGCAUUAUGGACGUGCAAGUGGCGCCGCUGAGAUCCUGGGACGAUUUCAUCCCGGGCCACGAUCGCUUUGCCGUCCCGGAUUUCAAAGAUAUUUCCAAAUGGAACAACCGGGUGGUCAGCAAUUUGCUCUAUUACCAGACCAACUAUCUCGUGGUGGCUGCCACGGUGAUCUCCAUUGUGGGAUUUCUGAAUCCACUGAGCAUGGUGCUUGGUGCUGCCGUGGUGAUCCUGGUGUUCCUGACGUUCGUGUGGGCAUCUCACAACAAAGACUUCAUUCACAAGUUUAAGAAGCACUACCCAUUUGCGUUCGUCAUAGCGAUUAUGCUGUUGAGCUACUUCCUGAUAUCUUUUUUCGGAGGGGUUAUGGUGUUCAUGUUUGGAAUCACAUUUCCUCUGUUCUUGAUGUUUGUUCAUGCUUCCUUGAGGCUUCGAAAUAUAAAGAACAAACUGGAAAACACAAAGGAAAGCGUUGGUUUAAAGAAGACUCCUAUGGGCGUAAUCCUAGACCUUCUGGAACAACAAGAAGAAGGUUUCACAAAACUGGCCGACUACCUGGCCAAAGCAAAGGAAUAGAUAUGCAUGCUGCUCAUUGUUUGUAGCUUGUUGAACUAGUAGAUCCUGUCUGACAUCACUUUUGAGUCUGUGAGUGUCUUGGUACACAGGCUGCAAAGCUCAGGGGUGGGGUGGGGUGGGGGUGGAAUACUAAAAACUCUUCAGGGCUCCUUUGACCAGCAUGGAGAGGUGAUAGUUACCCUUCUGUAACAUGCCAAGAUAUCUGAUACACAAACAUUUGACAGUUCAUGGCGCAUGCGUAUUUUCAGGGGAGAAAACAGAAGGGAUGCCUCCUCCAAAAAUACUUGUCUGUAUGUUAGUGUUUUUCCACAAUAUAUACUUUGUGACAUUGCUAUAAAUGCAGACAAAACCUUUCAUCUUCUCCUGGAAAUGAUACUACGUAGAUCCAAAGCUAGUAUGAUCUUGGCUAAAGAAGAUACAUUUUACUGCAUACAGAGCACAUUUUAGUGUACCUCGUGAGUGGUCUGUGUUUCCAAAUGGAGAAUUAGAGAACACCAGUUCAGUGAGAUGACAUGUACAUUUUGUUGUGACACUUCUGGGUAUCCCUCGUGUUUACAAGCUGAACAACUUUUUCUGCACAAGACCUGUAAAGCGGCAUAGAUAACAUCUAGCAAACAGACAUUCCUUUGGUAAACCUAUGCAGAGUUACAAUAUUCAGGGGACAGGUUGCAUAACAAGAUUACCAUGGCUUUCUGUGCAUGCCACAUUCAACUCUUAGAAAUGCUUUAAUAUAUAUAUAUAUUAUAUAAUUAUGUGAGUAUUUAACUUUUCCAGGCUUGGAAUGUGCUGUUAAAUAGAAUUAUGGAUCUUAAAGAGUCUUUGUUAGUCAAUGUAGAUAUCGAUCUAUUUCAAGGAAGAAUUGAACUGGAAAAUAGGUUCUCAGAUGUUGCUAAUAUCUCUGGGUUGGGGCUGCGUAGGCCAUAUUUUCGUAUAGCACAGGCGACUAAACCGUUCCAGGCAGCCUCAUAUAACCUGCUUCAAGCAGCUUGAAUCUUUGCCUAAAGGCCUGUUGAAUAUGAGAUCAGUGUGAGCUAAACUGUGUGAAAAACGUAUUCUAGUCAGUACUGCAUAUCAUACACUCCUGUCUUUCCUUUGGCUCUGAUACGACCGUGUGCUAAGAUUUCGAAGUUGUGACGGGACAGGGAACAUGUAGCUCUCCGGAUACUGUUGGACUGCAGCUUCCAUUGGUGCAGGUUGGCAUUGCCUGUGGUCAGGGUGAUUGCAGUUCAACAGCACAUGGAAGGCCCCACAACGCGCCCUCUCUUUGCUCUAUUCUUUCUGCAGCAAGUAUUUUCAGCUGUCAUCCAAGCUUUUCCUUUUUGAACUGAGAAUUGUAACAUCUCAUUCCAUAUGUAAGCUGUUAAAAGAACAGUAUUUUGUUGAGACUGUAGCUUCACCUACAUGUUCCAAGAUUAAAGAGAAGGAGACUGGUCUCGAGUUGUAUAUGGUUAGUGUUUAUUUGUUUAAGCCUGUGGUUUCAUUCUUUAGAAUGUUCAAAAAUCAAAAUGGCAAAAUAAAGUUUUAGCACCCGGAUUCCACAAUAA